AUGGCUGAGGCUGAUUUUUCUGAUCUUGUGUAUGAAGCAGAACAGCUUGCUUCAGAAUUCGAAGGCAUUGGUGAUUUGCCCAAAGUUGAGAGGUCUUUAAAACAAAUACUUGAAGAAUCUCAGACAUUAUGGUCGAGAGUAACUGCAACAGGAGCUCAGGAUAUUCAAGCGAAUUUAUUGUUAGGUACGAAAGGCCUCGAUUUGCCUCAGGUUACUCAGAAGCUUCAGAUCUUGAGUUCACGAAAGACAUUCGAACCUUUAGAUCCUAUACCAGUGACUGAUAUUCAAAAUUUUCUGAAAAAUGAAUCAGAAAAUGCAAUAUUACAACUCAUUGAAUCUACCAACAAAUCAACGUUUGAUAGUGUUGAAAAACUGCAUACACGGAAACUGUUUGAAGAAUGGGGAAAUCAUAAAAUAAAUCUAAUGAAUUCUCUUUUGGGAUAUUCAAAAGAAAUUGUUGAUGUUCCACUUAGACGGGAGAGAACAGUCUUAAAUGAAUCAUUGUUUGGUAUGCAAAGUUCAUUAAGCCAAGAAGAUAUUGCUUAUGCUCAGUGUCUUAUUGAAUAUAAUAAUGCUGAUAUUCAGCGGAUCGAAAAGCCAAAUAUCUUAAAACAAUUUUCACAAACAGCAGAAAAGUUUAAUAAUCAGAAAAUAAAUGAGAUGUGGAAAAUGCUACGUUUUAUGGCUGAACUGAGGCCCUCUGGAGUAUUCUGUGAUGAUGAGGAAGACAUAUUGGCCGUCAGAUCUAGAAAAGUAGCACAGGAUGCGAUGAUACGUCAAGCUCUUGCUUAUCUUGAGCAAAGAUAUAAAGAAUACAUGACUAGUGCUGUCGCAUAUAAUAGAAAUACUGCUAGGAUUGGAGGAAUCCCUGGAACAUUUCCAUUAGUUAGUGGAUUUGUUAGAAUAAAAGUUAGAAACGAACCUGGCCUCGAUGAAACUACAAAGGAUGGUAUUCCGUUGUGGCCUUUGGUGUAUUAUUGCCUUCGAUGUGGAGAUAUACCAGCAGCUAUACAAGCUCUUGAACAGUCUGGUAAGCCAAAGAAUGAGAUGAUAAGUGCACUUUCUGAUCUCUUGGAGUCUCCGAGUAGACAUCUUUCCUUGGAAAAAGAGAAAGAAGUUAAAGAUAUCUAUAGAAGGGUGGUCCGUUCUUCUCCUGAUCCAUAUAAAAGAGCUGUCUAUUGUAUUCUUGGAUCUUGUGACAUCCACGAUGAUCACAGGCAGAUCGCUACAACUGCCGAUGACUAUUUAUGGAUUAAGCUUUGGCAGCUGAGGGAAGAGGAACCGGAACCGAUGCACGACUCGAUUCAUUAUUCUCUACUGCAAAGUUUAGUCCUGGAGGAAUAUGGCGAAUCAUAUUACAAAGCGCAGGAACAGCCCCACGUAUUCUUCCAAAUGCUGGUUCUGACAGGUCAGUGGGAGUCCGCUAUUGAUUUCCUCGUCCGAUUGGAGAAGUUCAAGGCUCACGGAGUACACAUGGCGAUAGCACUUUACCAUCUUGGACUUCUGGCCCUUCCUAAGUCGAUCAAUGCUCCCCUUCUGGUCAUCGAUGAAAGUGAUAAACCUCCGAUGAGGAGGCUAAAUCUUCCCAGGCUAGUGCUCAUGUAUACACGAGCUUUUGAAAAUAGCGAUCCUAAGGAAACAUUGCAUUAUUACUACACUCUUAGAAAACUUCCAGCAAAUAACGAUAGAAAUGCUUUUGAAACAUGCAUUAUCAAUCAUGUUGUUGAAAACAAACAGUAUGAUCUUAUACUAGGCCGCGUUGACCCAUAUAGUGGUGUUGUACCUGGUCUGUUGUCUAUAUUUAAAGACAAGAUUGAUUUAAACAAAAUAAUUCAAAGUAUUGCUCAAAUAACUGAAAGUAGAGGCUUGUUUGAAGAUGCCAUAAAAUUAUACGACCUGUGUGGGGACCACAAUAAAGUAUUGCAGUUGUUGAACCACCAGCUGAGCCAGUACGUGUCCAAAUCUGGUAUUGAUCUUAACUCCCCCAGGAACAGGCUUGUGAAAUUAGCUACUGAUUUAUUUUCUCGUUACGAUGGACAUGAAAUUAAUUCUACUCCAGCGACAUUGAGCUGCUUUUGUAAAAUGAGAGAGCUUAUAGAAUUCUUCGAUUUGUAUCACUUGCGAGAAUAUGAAAAAGCUCUUGAUGUGAUUCAAAGGACUGGACUCAUACCAAUGAUUGCUGAUGAUGUGGAAAAAACUGUUAGCAACUUUCGACUACUUGAUGAGUGCAUUUCAAGAAACAUUCCUGAUAUCUUAUUAGCAAUGAUGAAUAUCUACCAUAGCCAAUACCAAAAAAUGAGAGGUAGUGUCAAAUCAGGAGCCACUAAACUGGAAGAUGUAGCUAAAUCAAAGCAACUUAGCUUUAUUCGGGAAAGAGCUCGCCUCCUCACUAGCUUCGCCGGAACGAUCCCCUACAGGAUGCCUGGGGACACUAACAGCCGCCUCGUACAUCUUGAAAUCAUGAUGACUUGAUCAUUCAAUCGCCAAAACCAACAUCAUGAAUUUUAAACCAACUUUUGUAAAUUUCUUAACUGUUAAUAUUUUUAUUAAAAUUGUAUUUAUAACAUGUUAAUAAAAGAUUUUUUGGAGUAUUUAUUUGAGCUGUCCAUAAAAGAAAAUACAUCUUCUUGAUUUUGUAAUUUCUUUCGCUUGGUGAAAUCUUGAACAGCUGAUAGUUAAGAUUGUUGUCAGCACCCACUGGUAUCAUUUAA